CUCUCACAACGCAUCCAUGAGGCCACUCGAUCCGAGAACUCUCUCCGAACCGGAAAUAGAGGCGCGACUGAUGAGAGAGAAAGAAAGGCUACGUGAGAUGCGCGGCGUAGGUGGCCCGCUGCUCUGCAUCGGUGAUCUGCUCAGCGACGUCGGCGACGAUGUUGUCGUCGACGGAGACCGUCGGAAGAGUCCUCCUCCCUCACAACCAACUACGGCCUCCUUAGAUUCCCUUUCGCCCCAUGAUCUUCAGCAACUCUUUCAGGAAAACUAUGAUUUGUUGAUCGAGUCAUUGUCAGGGAAUGACCACUCAUGGACUUCUUCAACAUUAAAGUUAUGUGCUGCUCUAGAGAAAGCUGAUAGGCUGAUUCUAUGCGCUAAUUCAAAUACCGGUCUGCUGCUGGAAAAGAUAGAACUGCUUGAAGGCAUUUUGAAGCGUGGUGAUGCAGCCGUUGCUAAAGCUAUGGAAAUUGUAAAAGGCUUCGAAGCAAAUUGAACGGCUUUAGAGCAUUAUCAGAUGAUUAAAACGAUAGAAUGUCUCUUAUCAGACAAAUAAUUUGAUAGGUUUAUUUUUUAAUUUUUAAUUUUUAUUUGGCGCUGAUACCAUUCGUUCCAUGCUGU